UGUUAAUGAUGAUAUUUUAUAUCACAGUCAUCUCUGUAUGUAUCGCUUAUCUUUUAAACGCAUUAACUAUUUUACAGAAAUGUUAAAACACAGCAAUCCUCCAUAAACCUCGCCCUGUGAUGUGACUCUAUUGGACAGUCCUGCAGAAGCCACGCCCAGUAAACACAUAGAGUUAGAUAAACUACGUACUUUAGACCGCAGCAGCAGAGUAACCUGUUGGUGCUGCUCGGUUCUCAGCAGAUGGAGAAUAAAGCCACGCGCAAUGCUGUGGUGGAUGUGAGAGGGGUUCCUCUGCAGGUGCCCAUAGCUAAAUAUUUUACCAGAGUUGAUGAAUUCCAGGCGCAUAAAGAUGAUUUGCUUAUUGCCACUUACCCUAAAGCAGGUACUACAUGGACACAGGAAAUAGUGGAUCUGAUUCUGAACAAAGGAAAUGAAGAGAAAUGCAGACGAGCUCCCACCCACGUCCGCAUGCCUUUCCUGGAGAUGACCACUCUAGAUCCAGCAGAAUCUGGUAUGGCAAAACUGGAGAAGAUGGCGCCUCCCAGGGUUAUCAAAACUCAUCUACCCAUCCAGCUCGUACCACGUUCAUUCUGGGAGGCAGGCUGCAAGGUCAUAUAUAUGGCUCGCAAUCCUAAAGACAAUGUGGUGUCAUACUUUCAUUUUGAUAGCAUGAACCUUACGCAGCCAGAGCCGGGACCCUGGCCAGAGUAUCUGAAAAAGUUCAUGAAAGGAGAGUUGGGCUGGGGCUCCUGGUAUGAUCACAUCAAAGGAUUCUGGAGAGAAAAACAAAAAAACAAGAACAUCCUCUAUCUAUUUUAUGAAGAUAUGAAAGAGGACCCUUCUAGGGAGGUGCUGCGCAUCGCAGAGUUCCUAGGAAAGCCUUUAUCGAAGAGUGUGGUUGAUGAUAUUGUGCAUUUGACUACCUUUGAUUCAAUGAGGGACAACCCUAUGGCCAACUACUCAACCGUACCUGAUUCUGUGUUCGAUCGAAAAGCAUCAGAGUUCAUGAGAAAAGGAGAGGUCGGCGACUGGCAGAAUUACUUCAGUCCACAGGAAGAUGCUGAAUUUGAAGAGCAUUACCACAGAACGAUGGCUGAUACUCCUAUUCCCUUUAAAUUUUGUUUACACAAAACAACGACCAAGUGCUCACUAUAGGACACAAUAGAUUAGGAAUAGUUAUUGUGUUUUUUUUUUUGUGUGUUUUUUACAAUAACAUGGACUUUUCAUUUGCAGACAGCAUUAAGCUAUAUUUCAUAUAACAUGUAUUUCAUUGUCUGUUCAACUUUAUUUCAUUUAAGCAAUAAUACAAAAGAGGAAGUGCUAUAACAUGUAAUAUUGGCACUGCUGUGCUGCGGUCGUAAGCACGAGGCCGUAGGCUCGAGUACUGUAGAUCAGCACAGCAGUGCCAAUAUUAAACAUUAUAGCACAAACCUCGAGUGUAUUUGUUAUUGCAAUUAUACCACAGUUCCAUUAUCACUGUGUCUUGAAAGAUUUUGAGUUAAAAAUGAUGAGGAAAAUAUGAUAUUUUUGGUUAUAAACACUCCGCAAGUUAAA